AUCUUCCAACAAAUAUGGCGAUGCCCACGAAAACGUUAUUGUCUCGUGUUGCUAAGCUUUACCAAGUUCCAAACUCUUACGUCAGAAAUAUACACGUUACAGGUACGUUGUCGAGACGGUUCAGGAUUCGGCGGAGAACGACGAAUAUAGAUCGAAGUUUGACAGAUCCACUCGGACGUCAAACAUCCGGGCCUGUGAGAUCAGAUGGAGUGCGUGCAAUACCACGUGUUAACUUAUGCCCAACUAACUGCAUGUGUUCCAACGACUUAGAAUUUGAUUACAGGAACGUUCGUUUGUUGAGUCAAUUUGUAUCUCCAAUGACUGGCAUGAUAUUGGGAAGAAAAAUUACAGGGCUAUGUGGUCGACGGCAGCGCCAGUUAACAUCACAAAUAAAGCGGUCACGUUGGAUGGGUUUGAUGCCAUUUACAACAAAGAUGCCACAAUACAUGAACGACCCACAGCUCUUCUAGAUGUGACUGGACUACAACAAAAAUACGUACUAUAUAGUAUACAUACAUAAGAAGCCAGUUGAGGUAUUGAUGUAAAUAAU